UUCAGUCGUAUGUGCUUUGUGGCUGUAAGUAUCUUAGCAGAAUUGGCGGUUUUUAUCAAUGGAACAUUAAUUACAGUUUGCUCGUAAUGUGAUUGGAACAGGCAUAAGAAAAAACAAAUUGCCUGUUGAUUGUUUUGACAGAUUGAAAAGGACAACAAAACAAAGAAUUUCUAAUUGUAUUGUAAUUAAAAACUAAGACAUGUCUGAAGGAAAAGACCUAAUUGUAAAAAGGACAAUUUAUGCAGGUAGUAAAACACCAGAUUUCCGAGAUGGUACCAAGAUUCAUUUCCAUUUUCAAUCAAAAUUAUGCGAUAACGAACAAACUAUGAUAGAUGAUUCAAGAAAAAUGGGCAAGGGCGAACCCUUGUACUUAGUAUUGGGGAAAAAGUUCCAGUUAGAAGUGUGGGAAGCCAUCCUGCAGAAAAUGGCUAUCAAUGAAGUUGCCUCCUUUAAAGUUGAUAAAAGUCUAGUCAUGGAGUAUCCAUUUGUAUCGAAAACAUUGAGAGAUCACAACAAUCCAAAGGAUGAAAGAAAGAAAAACCACUGUUGUGCAAUGACCCUUCAGAAUGAGGGAGUUGGGUAUGAUGACCUGAAUGAAUUGUUGAAAAAUCCAUCUGAUCUAGAAUUCACAAUGGAGGUGGUGAAAGUUGAACAACCUGAAGAGUAUGAAAAAGAAUCUUGGCAGAUGGAAGACAGUGAAAAAUUGGAAAUGGUGCCAAAACUAAAAGAGCAAGGCAACAAGGAAUUUCAAAAGAAAAACUAUGCAAAAGCUGCAGAAUGUUAUUUUAAGGCCAUUGGAAUGUUAGAGCAACUCAUGCUAAAGGAGAAACCUUAUGACACAGACUGGACCAACUUAGAUAAGCAAAAAGUUCCUAUUCUUUUGAACUAUGCACAAUGUAAACUUUUUGAAGGGGACUACUAUGCUGUUAUUGAACAUUGCACUGAUGUUUUGAAAUCUGAUAAAGACAAUGUCAAGGCAUAUUUCAGAAGAGCAAAGGCUCAUUCUGCAGUUUGGAAUGUGGAAGAAGCCAAAAAGGAUUUUAAUAAUGCCUUGGAUCUAGAUAAUACAUUGGCGACUGCGGUGAAAAAGGAGCUAGCUGAUUUAGGAAAACGAGUAAAGGAAAAAGAAUGUGUACAGAAAGAAAAACUCAAAAAACUCUUCAACUGAAAUUGUUAUAACGUCCAAAUAUUAUAUAUUUAAUUAUAUUUAUUGUAUAUAGAGUAGAAGUCCAAUGUGUGUAUAAAACGUUUUAUGACAAAAAUAUUAUAUACUAUAUGUACAAAUUGUAGUCUAAAAAAAUACCAAUAAAAAGAAAUCAAUAUAAAUAAUAUUAUGGCAUUUGUGAGGACGCAACUUUAGUAAUAGUAUUGAUAAUUUCUUUAGUAGCCAAAUACUGUUUGGUCAUGUCUGCUAACUUGGCUUCCUUCUGGUUGAGCAUCUUCUGAAGUUCUUGAUUUUGCUGAAAAAUAAAUAGAACUUAGUAGAGUCAAUUAAUUUUUGAGUGUUCUUAUUCACCUUAUUGAUGUUCUCGAUGUUUUUAUUGGCAUUUUUAAUUUGUUCUUCCCUUUUCACAAGUUGUUUAUCCAUUUUGUUACAAUGCUCUUCCAACCUCUUUAUUAUCUGUUCUUUCUGUGCAUUUUGUUCUUCUAAUGUAGUUUUUAGGUCUGACAUUUGCUUCAUGGUUGCCUCCAAUUCUUUUUCCAAUUCCUUCAGAUUCUUUUCUAGUAAAUCUAUAAUAUAAAAUGUUGUCGAAUAAGAACGGG